CGUGUAGGCGCAAACGAUUCGUCGUUUGGACGUCAAACGAAGAAAUUGCGAGCCGAUUACUAAUUAGUACGACAGAUUACAUAACAGUACUCUAUAUUUUCGAACUGUUUGGCACAGUUCCAGAACUUAUAAAUCGUACAAUUAUACGCACAGACUUUCGAACCUCGUUUCUCCUUCGUUUGACCUCGGAAUUCGAUUCUGUCGAGUCCGUGAUGCUCAUGGAGACGAGCUCUACGCAUUGGUACCAAGUUUCGGAAUUAUCGUGGCAGUUGCCGAUGCCGACGUCGACGUCGGGAUUGACGACGACUCUCCGAGGAACCUCUUACAAACCUCAAAACUGAUUUUCGGCUCCGUAGAUUGAUUUCUAGGGGUCCUAAUAACUAAAACGACCAUUGGAUGGUUUGUUUCCCUCCUUUCCUCCUUCCCCUCUCAUUUGGCAAACUAACUUCAUACCACGUUCUAGGAAAAGGAAGACGAAGAAAGACGAGGCCAAUCAAUCCUCAGCUGUUCAGAAUCCCUCUACGUCUUCCUUAUAUCUCUAGCAACACAGCAACCAUAAAUUCCCCAUGAAGGUCGCCUUCUAAUCCACAGUCGUGCACGAGGAGUGGAAAUUCAAGUUCCGAAGUCGGCGGCCGCUUGGAGCAUCCCUAUCUGCAACUUCACUUACAUCCAAACGACGGCGUGUAUUGGGCCGUGAUAACCAGACCGAGGCCCAGCCCUCCACACGUCUCCAUGUUGGUUGUAUUACCCUAGGUAAUUGGUGUAAAGGGUAUAUAAAUGCUUGUAAUGGCCAUCGGCCACCAUAAGAACCAGAAUAAUAAAACCUAAACUGGAGAGUGAUUACUCUCCCGUGGACUAGUCCCGACAAUCGGGGAUACCACGUAAAUCGCUUUUUGUUCGUUUCCGCUCUUACUUUUACAGAUUUCUCAUGGUAUCAGAGCGGCAGUUCCUCUUCGCAGGGGUGAUCGUGUUCGCGUUCCGCCCAAGCGCCUCGAUAUCUACUAUACGGGAAGUCAAGUUAAUCAAGUUCAUUAUCCAUUGACUUAUUCCCCUGAUUCUGAUCGCCUCUCACCGCAUUUUUUGCCUUUCUUGCAGCUAUUCAUUCUCAUACCGAACCACGUUUCUUUCAUCAGGCUGUCCGGUAUGAAUGUUGGCGGCGCCCUAUGGCGGUUGAGAUUGCCGCUCUUGAGAAAAAUGGUACUUGGACUCUGGUUUAUUUUCCACCGCAUGCACGGGUGAUUGAUUGUAAAUGGGUUUACAAGAUCAAAUAUUACCCCGAUGGUACCAUUGAGCGCUACAAAGAGCGCUUAGUUGCUAAAGGCUAUACCCAGAUUAAAGGCGUGGACUUCCAUUAUAGGUUUGCACCGGUGGCUAAGCUGGUUACUGUCCGUUGCCUCAUUUCUGUCGCUGUCAGUCGUGGGUGAUUUAUUCAUCAGCUCGAUGUUAAUAAUGCAUUCCUCCAUGGUGAUCUAGAGGAGGAGGUCUAUAUGCGCAUCCCUCAAGGAUUUGCCGCACCUGGUGACACUCGAGUUUGUCGCCUCAACAAGUCUCUUUAUGGUCUUCGCCAGGCAUCCCGUAAUUGGUACCAUAAGUUUACACAGGCGUUAGGUGAGCUUCAGUUUCGCCCGUCCCCUGCCGACCAUUCUCUUUUUAUCUAUGAGCGGGGGAGCACUCAUUUGGUUUCCUUGAUUUAUGUGGAUGAUGUUCUCCUGGCCGGUAACGAUAUGGAGUUCAUUUCUCGAGUUAAGAAGUUCCUUCACCAGCAUUUCAGCAUCAAGGACUUGGGCAAUCUCCGCUACUUUCUCGGUAUUGAGGUUACGCGUUCGCCCCACGACAUUGUUCUCAGUCAACAAAAAUAUACUCUCGACAUUCUUUCUGACGUCGGCAUUACUGCUUGUCGUCCGAGUGCUUUUCCUGUUGAACAGAACCAUCAUCUCACCCGGCCUUCAUCUGAUGCCCUCGUGGGUGCUUCUUCUUACCGCCGACUGGUUGGUCGGCUUCUCUACUUGACUGUGAUGCGUCCAGACAUUGCCUACAAUGUCAAUGUUCUUAGUCAUUUUGUUCAGGCUCCUCGUCAGCUUCACCUAGAUGCCGUUCAUCGUAUUCUCCACUACCUCAAGUCCUCACCAGGUCAGGGUUUGUUCUUCCCUGCUAAUCGCUCUCUUGAUCUUGUUGCUUAUUGUGAUGCCGACUGGGGUGGCUGUGAGAGUACGCGACGGUUUACUACUGGUUUCUUCAUCAGCUUGGGUGGCGCGCCGGUUUCUUGGCGCAGUAAAAAGCAACAUGUUGUUGCUCGCUCUUCUGCUAAAGUUGAGUAUCGCGCCAUGGCUAGUAAGGUUAGUGAAGUUAUCUGGCUCCGCUGGCUUCUCUCUGAACGGGGUGUUCCCCAGCCGGCAGCCACUCCGCUUCAUUGUGAUAAUCAGGCGGCUUUACAUAUUGCUGCUAAUCCCGUAUUUCAUGAGCGCACUAAGCACGUGGAGAUAUAUAGUUACUUCGUUCGGGAAUGCGUCCAGAGUGGUCAUAUUGUUCCUCUCAAAGUUAUCUCCCACCUGCAGCUGGCUGAUCUUUUCACUAAAGGCUUGGGCGCUGAUCGAUUUUGCUUUCCCCUGUCCAAGCUGAGCGCGUCCUUCCCGUCUCAGCUUGCGAGGGAGUAUUGGGUCGUGAUAACCAGACCGAGGCCCAGCCCUCCACACGUCUCCAUGCAGGCCAUGUAGCUAGCCCUUGUACGUGUGUUGGCUGUAUUACCCUAGGGAACUGGUGUAAAGGGUAUAUAAAUGCUUGUAAUGGCCAUCGGCCACAAUAAGAACCAGAAUAAUAAAACCUAAACUGGAGAGUGAUUACUCUCCCGUGGACUAGUCCCGGCAAUCGGGGAUACCACUUAAAUCCCGUGGCUGUCCACUUAUAGAUGUGCAUAGUUUAAUUAAUUAAAUUUACGGUGACACUAUGAGUAUAAAUCUGCUUGUAGCCUAGCGGCAAUUUGUUGGAACACACUUGGUAGUGGGUUCGAUACCUGUUGCUUCAUUAUUAUUUUUUUCUUUUAAAUCACAUUUAUGUAUAUGAUUAUUAUUUAUCGACAUAUAUCUUUUCACGUCGACGAGGUAAAUUUUACGACAUAGAAUCCCGUUUGUAAAUUUAUGGUUAUCGAGAAUGAAUUUAUUUUAUUCAUUCGUUUUGUUUUGUUUGGUUUGGUUUGGUUUGGUUUGAGAUGUUACAAUAACCAUGUGAUUGUUGACUGUUAUAGGCCGAAAAGAAAGAAUAGGGAAGCAAGACGUUCAUCUAGAGGUUUUGCUGGUCAGUUACAAGGAGUGGAUUCAUCUUCUGAUAGCAUCCUUGGGAAACCAGACUCACAGAAUGUCAAUGAAUCAGGGGGGAUUUAUUAAUCUUCGACUCUCCAUUGAAGAUGUUCAUAGGCUCCAGAAGCUGCUUGGACAGUUCAGUCCACCACAGUCGCCCACUUCUCCCAACAAUUCAUCCAUUGGUUCUACACCAAGAGCAGCUUCACAACAUGUUCAAGUGAAUUCAGGCACCAAGCAUAUCUCUGCUAGUCCAAACUAUGCAGGUAAAUUUACCUUAACCACGUAUUAUCAGAAGCAUCCACUAGAGCAUGUCAAUGUUUGGUUUCUUGAUACUAGCGCCACUGAUCAUAUUACUUGCUCAUUUAACCAUUUUCUAAAUAGCAAACCUAUUUCUAAUGUUUUCAUUACACUACCAAAUGGCUCUAAAACCCCAGCUAAUCAUUCUGAAACAUUUAGACUAUUGUCAGGAUUAGUCAUUCAUGGAGUUCUUUUUGUUCCUACCUUCUCCUUUAACCUCAUCUCAGUCAGUAAACUGACCAAGUCCCUUCCUGUGUCUCUUUCCUUUCAAUCCAACCUAUGCUACAUCCAAGACCUUCUCACCAGCAAGAGGAUUGGUUCUGACCAAGAGAUUAGAGGUCUUUACCAGCUCAUUCAACACACAGGAGAUCAUACCAUACAUGUCAAUUCCACAACUACACAAAGUCUUAUACCUCAAUCCUUUAACCUGUGGCACUGGAGACUUGGCUAUCCAUCUCAGCAUAGAGUAAAAGAGCUACAGAAAACAAUUCCCACUAUUUUUGUUGAGUCUGUUCAACAUUGUCAAGUCUAUCAUUUGUCCAAGCAAAAAUGUUUACCUUUUUCUUCAAGCCAAUCUGUGGCAAAGAGUAUUUUUGAACUCAUUCAUGUGGAUAUUUGGGGGCCACUUGCUGUUUGUUCUUACAAUGGAUUUCAAUACUUUCUUACCAUUGUUGAUGAUAAGUCUAGAUGUGUAUGGGCCUUUCUAAUGAAACACAAAAGUGAAGCUAAAAAACUUCUACAAGAUUACUGCAUUAUGGUGAAAAAUGAGUAUGAUAAAAGAGUUCAAAUCAUUCGCUCUGAUCAAGGAGCCGAGUUUCAUAUGCCAGAUUUCUUUUCCAAACAUGGCAUUGUUCACCAUAUUUCCUCUGUAGAAACACCACAACAAAAUGCCAGGGUAGAUAAAAAACACCAAGACAUUCUCAAUGUAGCCAGAUCACUCAAGUUUCAAUCUGGCCUUCCCCUAAAGUUUUGGUCUGAUUGUGUUCUACAUGCUGUGUACUUAAUCAACAGACUACCUAUCG